AUGCUGAAUGAUGAAAUAUUUGCUGAUUGUGUUUUUAAGAUUGGUGAUGAAGUUAUAAAAACACAUAGAUGUAUUUUGGCAAAGAAUAGUAAAGUAUUUCACAAAAUGUUUGAACAGAAUGGCAUGAUUGAAGCACAAAAUGGUGAAGUUAUUCUUACUGAUGCUACACCAGAAUGUGUUCGUGCAAUGUUGGAGUUUUUCUAUACUGGAAUGGUUUCUGAUGAUAAAAUGAAAGACCAUGUGGAUGGUAUUUUUGUUAUUGCCCAUAAAUAUGAAGUGGAAAUGUUGAAAUAUUUGUGUGAACGUUUUAUGUCUUGCAAUAUUAACGUAGAAAACAUUGUUAAAUAUUGUGGGAUUAUUAAUUUAUAUGGUGCUCCAACUUUGAAGAAGGCUUGUAUAGAUUAUAUUCGUGUCAAUGGAAAAAGCUUUUUGAAGAGCAAGGAAUGGGAGGAAAUUAAAAACAAUUAUUCAGAUUUGAUUCCUCGAUUUAUGGAAGCUAUUGUUGAAAAGUUAGAUAAUCCUUGUUACUUUUGA